ACUUAGAAAGCUCAGUAACGUGAACAAAAUUUUUGUUCACUACACUUUUUAUUAACAUACGGACAACACUGAAUACAUUAAAUUUUAUUUUUUAAGAUCGGGGAAUCCCCUAAUAUUGAAAGAUUUGCGCAAAUUUUUACCAUAUGACAACGACUUACUUCAGUUGAAGGUUUUUUCUUUCGCGGAGUGAUCAAUCAAUCGGAAUGAGUUCUAAAAAAUCGAAGUGUUUGCAAUUAAAAGAAAAAGCAGACAUUUUAGACAGUCUGAAAAAAGGAACAAGUGUGACUAACUUAGCAAAAAAAUAUAAUGUCGCUAAGUCAACAAUAUGCAGUAUUAAAAAGAAAAAAGAAGCCAUUUUAAAAUGCGUGAAUAAUACAUACCAAGGACCGGGAAAAAGAAAAACUUUAAAAUCGUCAGAGCUUCCAGCUAUGGAAAAAAGUCUAUACCUUUGGUUCAUUCGGAUGCGCGGAAGGAAUUGUCCUGUAAGCGGAUUAAUGCUAAAAGAAAAGGCUAAGGAAUUGCAUUCCCUACUUAAAGAAAACUCGACCGGAUUCAAUGCUAGUGACGGAUGGCUCCAGAGAUUUAAGAAAAGAUACGGAGUUAGAUUGCUUAAAAUAUCUGGAGAAAAACUCUCAUCGCAGCCUCAAUUGGUUGAUCCAUUUAAACUGAAACUAAAACAAAAAAUUGAGGAAAUGGAGUUAUGUAAUGACCAAUUGUAUAAUGCUGACGAAUCUGGUUUAUUCUGGAAGAUUUUGCCAGAUAAGACCUAUGUAUCAUCGCAUGAAAAACCUGCUCCAGGAACAAAGACGGAGAAGCAGCGUAUAACAUUUCUCUGUUGCGCAAAUGCAUCGGGUGCACAUAAACUUAAACUUUUAGUAAUUGGUAAGGUAAAAAAUCCACGCAGCUUUAAACACUUUAGUUGCCCUACGGAUUAUAAGAACUCGAAAUCAGCCUGGAUGACGUCUGCCAUUUUUAAACAUUGGUUCCAUCAAUCUUUUGUGCCACAGGUAAGAUUGUUUCUAAAGCGGAAGAACUUACCAAUAAAGGCACUUUUACUUAUUGACAACGCUCCCUCUCAUCCAAGUGAAGCAGAAUUAAAAACUGAAGGUGGAAAUAUAAUUGACAUGUUUAUGCCGCCAAAUGUCACCCCUCUUAUCCAACCUAUGGAUCAAAAUGCGAUUAAAAUAACGAAGUUAUCUUACAGAAACAGUUUGUUGGCUUCAAUAGCAGCAAAAAAUUUAGAUUUGCUUGAAUCAAUGAAAAAUGUAACGUUGAAAGAUGCUGUUACUCUUUUAUCUGUCGCAUGGGAUCGGGUCAGCACAGAAACUCUUGCCAUUUGUUGGAAAAACAUUUUAAGUUUAAUGGGAAACGAGGAGGACCCUGAAUAUAACAUUCCAUUAAAUAUCCUGAAAGACAAAUGGAGUGCAGAAAUAAACUCUUUAAUACGAAUGUCAGUUGAUCUUCUUCAGGACUUGAGUCCUCAGGUUGAGUUUACAUUGCCAAUGAUUCGAGAGUGGAACGAUGACCCUUGUGUUGAUGAUGCCACCGAAAUCCAUAAAAUCACCGAAAUCCAUGAAAUUGAAGAAAGUGACGAUGAUGAUUGUAUUGCCGAAGACCCCAUAAAGAAAAUUGCCGCAAGUGAGGCAGUUGAAAUCUUUAACAAGGCAUUGCAAUGGGCUGGAGAUGCAAUGGUUGAUCAAAGCGACAUGAGUGUACUUAGACGCUUAAGGAAGAAAGCAGUAUUUCAGCUAUUAGAAAGGAAAAACCAGCAGAAAAAGAUAACGCUAUAAGCAACGAAACGUGUUUUUCUGUCCUGUCUUGUUCCAUUCCAUUCGGUUCCAUUCGGUGUGGGUUGCGCCAGAGAACUUAAAGUAAUCUGUGUGAAGGUUCGAUUGCGCGGCUAACAGAGCUGAUAGAAUCACAUUAAGGAAUUCGCCGUUCUCGCUGCUAUUUAGCAGAAUUGUGCAUGUGCAGUGGCAGAAAUAUAUGUAAAACGACUAAGAAUAAAUAA